AUGAGAUUCGCCACCGUUGUCUGCCUUGUCGCUUUGUGCGCUGUCGCUUUCGCCGAGCCUCUUCGUCGCCGUCGCCAAGCCAACUGCGGCUGCCAACAGCCCCAGCAAAGCCAGUGCUCGUGCCAGCAACCCCAGCAACAACCCCAGCAAUCGUGCUCGUGCCAACAGCAACAACCGGCGAGCAACAACUGCGGAUGUCAGCAGAACACACAGAACCAACAGCUUUUCUACAAUCCACCAAACAAUCAAAACGGUUUCUCAUCAACGAUGGGCUACGGCUCAACGACACCCUACUAUGGACAGAAUAAUCAAUUCUCGAGCACCCCAUUCCCCGUACAGUAUGAUCAACAAGUCCAGCAACAACAAAUGUACAACACUCCUGGAUACCUCAACCAGCCACAAUACAGCAGCACUUUCGCCCCGAUCACCUACAACCAGAACCAACAGAUGAACCAACAGAUGAACCAACAGUGCGGCCAGUGCCAACAACAGUGCCAAGCCCAGCCCCAAUGCCAGCAACAACCUCAGCAACAAUGCCAGCAACAAUGCACUCAGCAAUGCCAACCUCAAUGCCAGCCCCAGCAACAACAACAACAACAGCCAGCCUCAACAAUCUGCCCCACAGUGCAACCAGUGCCAGCAACAGUGCCAGAGCUCGUGCCAACAAUAUACUGUCCAGAUGCCCCAGCAGAACCAGUGCCAGCCACAAUGCCAACAACAGUGCCAGCCUCAAUGCCAGCAACAGUCUGCCCCUCAAUGCAACCAGUGCCAACAACAGUGCCAGUCCUCGUGCCAACAACAACAACCCCAACAACAGGCCCAAGUCAUUCAGAUCACUGUCCAGCUUCCAUCCUCUGUUGCCUCGAACCCAUCUCAAUGCCAGCCUCAAUGCCAGCAACAGUGCCAGCAACAAUGCCAACAGAGCCAGCCCGUCAGCCAGUGCCAGCCAGCUUGCCAACAGCAAUGCCAAUCGACUUGUGCCCAGUCGACCCCAGUUGUGAUGGCGUGUCAACCCCAACAAUCUUCGGGCUGUGGCUGCCAAUCGGGCUACUCUCCGUGCCAAAACUCGUCCCAAUGCUGCCGAAAGUAAUUUCCGUGCCAAAUAAUUCUUUUAUUUCCCUU